UUCCCGCAGACCGAGUGGUACCUCGUUGGGUACCGGGAGACAGUUUGGAUUACUGGCUUCAAGGAUUGAGUGCGAUUUUACACGGAUGACGACUCCUUCAGCGAGAAUUUAGUAAAAGAAAAUCGCUCGGAAAUUUCAGAAUAUGUGGAGGGGACCCUAAAUUUCAGCAUCCUGGAAGUAGAAAGCACAGAAGAUCUGUGUCUCACACCACAGACAGGUGCAGUGUGUAGUCGGGGCAGCACAGAGGAAGGAAGCUCUGGGGAGGAGGCGGUGCGGCAGCGUGCCUCUCCGGCUGUGGAUGUGCUGGGUGGCAACCUCCAGGCUGCACAGAAUGUGGCUGGGGAGUCACCUCGGCAUGCCCCGCAGCCGGUCGCAGCUGCCCCCCGCCCAGUCCCUCCGUUCACCAAUCCGUCCACUGUGCCACUGCCGGAGAGCAACGACUCAGCAUUCCUCAUCAUGGAGAGCGUCCCUUCAACCGACUUGCCUGAGACUCUCACGAUCAGCGGCGCCUCGGAGGAAGUCGUCGCCACAGCCGCCGCCGUGGAGAGCGUGGCCGAAGCCGCAUCCCUCGCCGAGGUCUCCAGCUCCUCCGCUGAGGUGCAAAGGCUCCCCGCUCCCCUUUGUCCUCCUCUUGCCUCAGAAACACAGAUUGACAGCACAGUGCAAGAGCUGCAAUACGGGUCACAAACUAACACAGAGAAAAGCCACUCAAAUAGCCACACAAGCCAGAUUGAGCCACCUCCAGAAGGUGCUGGACUUGUUGUUAUUACGGGGACAAAGGAGGAGCAGCGGUCCGUCACGUUGGAAUAUAAAUCAGAGACUGGAACAAACUUGGAAGAGCACACAGGUGGAAAUAUCCUCUCACAGCCCCAAUCUCAAAUGUGUUUCGCAGCCUCAUCUCCUCCAGUCCCACAAUCAAGCGUCGGUUUUAAAGUCCAAGACGCCACAGAACACGGGGCUACGGAGCAGUCGGCAGGCGCUCACCAGGACUCAAAAUCGCCUCCGCUCCCUUUAUCCGUAUCUGACAAUAGCGAGGAUAGCGGACAAACUGACCUGUCAAAACAACAACAACAACUUAAAAUCGUCACGGAGAUCCCAAAUGAUGCCGGAGAUAUACAAAAAGCCGUCUCUCCGGAGUCGGUCGAGAUGUCCGAGCACGUUAAAGAGUUUCACAAAGCAACACAACCUCCCUCAGCUGAAAUACUUGACAUCCCAAAGGCAAGAGGAGGAGAACAUGCGGAGAGCAGCACAAGGGAAGAGCAAUCUGACGUCGCGUUGCAGCCGGAGACUUCCUCAAAACCUUCUCUCGCCGCCCCCGCCGCCGCCGCCUCUUCUUCUUCUUCCCCGGCUCUCUUCGACACCGGCUUAGUCGUCUCACUGCAGGCGGAGCAGGUAGUCGAAGAGGAAGCCCCCGUAACCGAGACGCCGCUGAUCACCCAAGAGAUCGUGGUGGUGAGGGAGGGGACUCACAUCAGCGCCGGCGACUGGUCCAACAUGCGUCUGAAUCAGAGUUACCUCGUGCAGCGGGAGGACGGCAGCGUGUGCGAAGCCUCCAUCGUCAACGAGCUGACUACCGAGCACCAGUCCGGAGAACCGAAGCUGUACGGAGACGGCGUUCAUCAUCAGGCCGGUUUGGAGUUGAGCUCCCAGCCUGUAGAGGUGUACGAGUUCUGCAGCUUAGUCGAGGAGGUUGCCGAGGAAACGGUCUGUGCCAGCAGCAGCGUGCAGAUGGCUCACUCACCGGAAUACGAGAUGAACUUAUUCAACGCUUUAUUAGAAAACUCCGAGGAGUACACAGUCAAAGAGGACGUAGAAUCUAUUCACACAAUUAAUGAAAGUGGAAUCAUAAUUUCCCAACAGCCCUUGCCUUUAUCACACGAUGCAAAUCAAAUACAGACUUGCUCCAGUAACAGCAAUUCCCAUAAUCUGUCCCUACAAAACACGAGGGUGGCAGCUGUCGGCCAGCAUUUGGUCUUAGACGCUAACCAAGCUGUCCAACUGGCGAACUCCAGCGAAGUUUGCUUGGUGGAAGUAUCCUCCGUCACCGCUGACUCAUUCACCGUGCAGCAGACGGACAGCGGCGCUCAAAUCGUGACAACUUGUUCACACAUCAAUGUGGCCGAGGUCGGCGGCGACUCCUUGAUUCAAACAGUUGCUCAGAACAGGAAGCAGAAGCAGCAACACCUGGUUUAUUAUCUCUCAUAUCUCCCGUUGUCACCACCGUCAGCGAGGACGCAGGGAUGGAGUCGUCCGUCUCUGUCUCGGUGCACGUCGUUGGAAGUCAGCAAUGUCGAAAUCCAAUCCCGGCCAUCACCGUCGUAAGUGCCACCAAGCCCGAGGCCUGCGUUUCUUCACGCGAAGGGACCAAAGAAAAAACUCCCCCGCCUCUCCCUCCACCUCCUCCACCUAUCCCAGCCCGUCGACGCCGGUCAGCGAUUGGUCGGCUCAGCGUCGGGACAAGUCGUCUCCUCUGCGCGGUCCUCACGGAAAAUUCGUGUCUCCUUCGUCCGUCGGCGGCAGCGGAGGCGGCGGCGGCUACAACUCGUCUUCUUCUUCGCCGCCCGAUCAGACGACGCCUCAGCGACCCCGCGGAGAACGGCACACCGACAUGGCGGAGCUGGCUAAACAUGAAGCCGACAUCGAGCAUCGAACCCAGUCGCUGAAGCGUGAAGGUUUCUGGUCAAUGAAGCGUCUCACUCGUCUGACGGAGCCGCCGCGACCCAAAGUUCACUGGGAUUACCUGUGUGAGGAGAUGCAGUGGCUCUCUGCAGACUUCGCCCAGGAGAGGAGGUGGAAGAGAGGAGUGGCCCGAAAGGUGGUACGGAUGGUGAUGCGGCACCACGAGGAGCUGAGGCAGAAAGAAGAGAAGGCAAAGAGAGACGAGCACGCUAAAAUCAGGAGAGUCGCCUCAUCGAUCGCGAAGGAAGUGCGAGCUUUCUGGAGCAGCGUCGAAAAGGUGGUGCAGUACAAGCAACAGUCUAGAUUAGAGGAGAAGAGGAAGAAAGCUUUGGACCUCCAGCUGGAUUUCAUCGUUGGACAGACGGAGAAAUACUCGGACCUCCUCAGCAAAUCUCUGGCUCCCAGCAGGCCGGCUGAAACAGCUCCCUCGCCUCCCAAAACAUCUGCGCCGCCUCCUGUCGACGAGGACGACCGAGACUUCGAGCCUCCGUGCGAGGAAGAGGACGACGAGGAGACCAUCGAGAAGGAGGAGCAGCAGGAGGGCAACGAUGCCGAGAGCCACCGCAGAGAGAUCGAGCUGCUGAAGGAGGAAGGCUUGCUGCCUCUGGACCAGCUGCUCAGCACUCUCAAACUGCCCACGGAGUCCGGAGGCUCAGACGAGGAAUGCUCCGACGAUUCCUCUUCAUCAGUGGUGGAGAAAGAAGAGGAAGACGGUGAAUUCACUGCCAACGACGAGGACGCUGAGGAUGAAGAGGACACCAUAGACGCUCAGGAGAAGGUAGAAGGAAAUGUGGAUCAUGCAGAAGAACUGGACGACUUAGCCAAAGAAGGCGAUAUGAGCAUGGAGGAGCUGCUGGAGAAGUACAAAGGAGCGUACGCCUCAGACUUCGAGGAGCCGUCAGCAUCAGGCUCUAAAGCGAGCUCAGACUCGGAGGUGUCUGGAGACGACGAGGUGGAGACGGAAGAAGACGAGAGCGACGUGGAAAGCAACACUUCCUCCUCAGAUUCAGCAGGAGACAGCGCAGAGGAGGAUGACAGCGAGAAGGACGAAGAGGAGAGCGAGGAGGAUGAAGAUGACGAGGAAGAGGAGGGGGAAGACGACGACUGUGAAGAUGAUGAAGGGAUGGAGGUCUUGCUGAAGGAGGGAGACACUACUCCUCCUUCCUCCGCCUCACGGCCCAAAAAGGAGAUCAGUCACAUCGCGGCGACGGCAGAGAGCCUGCAGCCCAAAGGCUACACGCUCGCUACCACCAAGGUGAAGACUCCGAUCCCGUUCCUCCUUCACGGCACGCUGAGAGAGUACCAGCACAUCGGACUGGACUGGUUGGUCACCAUGUUCGAGAAGAAGCUGAACGGCAUCCUGGCCGACGAGAUGGGACUGGGAAAAACCAUCCAGACCAUCGCUCUGCUGGCUCACCUCGCCUGUGAGAAAGGUAACUGGGGCCCUCACCUCAUCAUCGUCCCCACCAGUGUGAUGCUGAACUGGGAGAUGGAGCUGAAACGUUGGUGUCCCGGCUUUAAAAUCCUCACUUACUUCGGCAGCCAGAAGGAGAGAAAGCUGAAGAGACAGGGCUGGACCAAACCGAACGCUUUCCACGUGUGCAUCACUUCCUAUAAGUUGGUGCUGCAGGAUCAUCAGGCGUUCAGACGGAAGUCGUGGCGCUACCUGAUCCUCGACGAGGCGCAAAACAUCAAGAACUUCAAGUCCCAGCGUUGGCAGAGUCUGCUGAACUUCAACAGCCACAGGCGACUACUGCUGACGGGAACUCCUCUCCAGAACAGCCUGAUGGAGCUGUGGUCGCUGAUGCACUUCCUGAUGCCGCACGUCUUCCAGUCGCACCGCGAGUUCAAAGAGUGGUUCUCCAACCCGCUGACGGGGAUGAUCGAAGGCAGCCAGGAGUACAACGAGGGCCUGGUCAAGAGGCUCCACAAGGUGCUGCGGCCGUUCCUGCUGCGGAGGAUCAAGAUCGACGUGGAGAAGCAGAUGCCCAAGAAAUACGAGCAUGUGGUUCGCUGUCGACUCUCCAAGAGACAGCGCUUCCUCUACGAUGACUUCAUGGCUCAGGCCUCGACUCGGGAGACGUUGGCCAGCGGUCAUUUCAUGUCCGUCAUUAACAUCCUGAUGCAGCUCCGUAAAGUGUGCAACCACCCCAACCUUUUUGACCCUCGCCCCAUCCAGUCCCCCUUCAUCACGAAGCCCAUCGUGUUCCACACGGCCUCCCUGGUGCAGGACGCUCUGGAGGUUUCCCCGCUAAAGCGUUGUGACCUGUCCAUGUUCGACCUGGUUGGUUUGGAGAGCCACGUUUCUCGCUACCAGGCAGAUAUCUUCCUGCCUCGCCACAAACUCAGCCGCCAGCUCAUCCAGGAGAUCGUUGAUUCUCCUGAACCUCCUCCGAGACCCAAACCGGUCCGAAUGAAGGUCAACAGGAUGUUCCAGCCUCCUCCUAAAGGCGAUAAUCGACCGGUGCUGCUCAUGAACAAACCCACCUGCUCCGUGCCCCCUGCAGCUCAGACCCCCAACCUCCUCCAGCCUCUGAAGCCGCAGCAGCUCCUGCACCUGCUCCUAUCAUUUUUAAGAAUCGUGUGUACAGUGACGUCUGCGCCCCCUCCCCGCCCCUCGUUGCACCCCGCCACUCAGACCGCGGUGAGAUCCAACGCUCCCAAAACCGUGCUGACCGUGCGGCCUCCGUCUGUCCCCUGCACCACCAGCAUUCCCACUCAUCCCAGUCCAAACCCAGGCAGCGUCAUGCCCCAGAGAGUCCUGCUCAGUCCUGAUAUGCAGGCCAGACUGCCCUUAUACAUUUGCGAUUCCCCCGGUGGAGGCUCCUCAGAUCUCGAUGCACUGCUGCCACCCUCCUCCGUCUCUGAGCCACAAGCAGGCCGUGUUCUCCUCGAUGCUCGCCACGCAGCUCACUCCGCUCACUGGGAAUCUCCACCGGAUCCAGUGUUACAUGAGGACCCAGUUCCCCGACCUGAGGCUCAUCCAGUACGACUGUGGAAAGCUGCAGACGCUCCACACUCUGCUGAGGAAGCUGAAGACGGGCGGACACAGAGUAUUGAUCUUCACUCAGAUGACGCGCAUGUUAGAUGUGUUGGAGCAGUUCCUCAACUACCACGGACACAUCUACCUCCGCCUGGACGGCAGCACGCGUGUGGAGCAAAGACAGUCCCUCAUGGAGCGCUUCAACGCCGACCGUCGUAUCUUCUGCUUCAUCUUGUCGACUCGUAGCGGAGGCGUCGGGGUGAACCUGACGGGAGCCGACACGGUCGUGUUCUACGACAGCGACUGGAACCCGACCAUGGACGCUCAGGCUCAGGACCGCUGCCAUCGCAUCGGUCAGACUCGAGACGUCCACAUCUACAGGCUGAUCAGCGAGCGAACGGUGGAGGAGAACAUAUUAAAGAAAGCCAACCAGAAGAGGAUGCUGGGAGAUAUGGCGAUCGAAGGAGGAAACUUUACCACGGCCUUCUUCAAACAGCAAACCAUCAGAGAGCUGUUUGAUAUGAACGACGGAGAGAAGAGAGAGAUGGCGGUGGAGCUGGCGGUGCCGCACCCUGAGGAGGAAGAGACGAGUAAUAAACAGAGCACCACCAUUCUGGAGCAGGCUCUGUGUCGAGCGGAGGACGAGGAAGACAUCGUAGCCGCCUCGCAGGCCAAAGCGGAGCAGGUGGCGGAGCUGGCGGAGUUUAACGAGAACAUACCGCUGGACGACGGAGGGGAGCAGGAGGAAGUGGAGGAGCUCUCUAAAGCAGAGCAGGAAAUAGCUGCUCUGGUGGAACAGCUCACUCCCAUUGAACGUUACGCCAUGAACUUCCUGGAAGCAUCAUUAGAAGACGUGUGCAAAGAAGAGUUGAAACAAGCUGAGGAGCAGGUGGAGGCUGCCAGGAAAGGUCUGGAUCAGGCCAAAGAGGAAGGUCUGAAGCUCCACGCCUCCUCUGACGACGACAACGACGAGUUCUUAUCAUCGCCGGCUUCCGCGGAGCCCGCUCAGCCGACUCCUUCCCGCCGAGGCCGCAAACCGAAAGACAAAGAAAAGGUCGUCACCUCCACGAGGACGAGCGGUCGGCUGCGUGGAGCGUCGCCCGAAACCGAGCCCGAGCCGCCUACUCCGACAACGCCGAGAGAAGUGCCUGAAAGACUCCGCUUUGGUCUACGAGGACGAGGAGCUGCCAAAGACGCCCCUGCCGUGUCUACCACCCCGUCCCGUACAGAUCAUCAAAAAACCUCCUCGUCAGCGAAGCUCCAAGACUCCUCCUCUUCCUCCAAAUCCUCAAAAGCUUCAUCGCCUGCCAGAGAUCACCAAACCAUCAAAACCAGGACUCCGCCAAACCGCUCCCAUCCCAGUCCAGUGCCUUCCCCUCCGACAGCCUCUCCCCCCGGAGGGAAACAACCGAGCGGCGGGGAGACGGAGAGCAAGAACUCUAAAACCAGCAAAGAGGGGGAGACGCCGAACGAGAGGAGGGUGUCCGAGUCCUCGCUGGAGUCCGGCGGCCCAGCGGAACAUCAGCCGAAAGACGACGACAGCAAAGACCAAAGCGCCAUGUCUCCGCCUUCCACCAGCUCCAAGUCGCCUCGCAAGCGUCAGUCUGCGGAUAACGAAGUCCUGCGGGGUUUGGUCGAGGAUUCGCCAUCGGCUAAAGUCCUGCGGAAGCUCCCGGGGCGUCUGGUCACCGUGGUCGAGGACAAAGAGCCGAGGAAGAGGAAGAGGCGAGGGAGCGGCACCGGCGGUUCCUCGGAGGAGACGACGGCGGAGGAAAACACCGCCGGAUUCAUCAACGAAUCAAACAAAGACAGCGUGUCGCCGAGCCCCGAAAACAAACCUAAAAGUACUGUUACCAAAUCUCCUCAGGACCAAGACUCUACCCCGAGCCCGUCUGUGCCCCCUCCGCCGCAGCCCGUCAGAGGUUACCCGCCGUACUCUCCGCCGCACCUCUCGCCCGACAUGCCCGUGCUGAGGAACCUUCCCGUUCGCCGCAGGCUGGAAACAGAAUCCCGCAUGGCCGCUCAGCUGGGAGAGCAGCAGCUGCACCUGGGGAGAGGACGAGGGGCGAACCAGCCCAAAAAAACAGACCCAGCGCCGGGCAAAGACCCUUCGUCAACCUCCGCAGAGUCCAGCGUGAACUCCUUUGCGACACCCUUGAAAAGAAAGAGGGGCCGGCCCCCUAAGAUUCCCCAUAGAUUACCUGAGCCUGAACCCCCAGCAGCUGCUUCCCCAGUAGCUGCUUCCCCAGCAGCUGCUUCACCACAACCCACAUCGCCGACGGAGGAGGGGAAGCCGCCUCUAUCUCCGAAACGUAAGAGGGGUCGACCCCGCAAAGACUCGACGACGAUGUCAGACGCUGUUUGUGAAGGACUGAACUCUAAAACAGAGACCACCACUACUGACGUAUCUAGUAUUUCAAAAACUGACACUAGCACAGAGCCAACAGUCUCAUCUCCCUCUACAGAGACCCCCAUAGCUAGUCAGGCCUCCCAGUCUACCAAAGCUGACGAAACUGACACCAAGACGGAGGUUUCGGACGCUGCUCCGGCUCCGGUUCCGGUUCCGGUUCAGGCCUCGACGACAAAAACACAAGCGGGUCAAGCUUCCACCUUAAAUUCAGCUUCAGUCCAAGCACUCUCUGCACCUUUACCCCUUCCUGUGCCUGUGUCCACAUCAGCCCCAGCUACCAGUAUUGUAAGUCCGCCUCCAGUUUCAGCUCCAGACACUCCGUCAACCCAGGUUUCGUCUGCACCCCCGGUCACUGGAGGAACCCCCACUACCACCACAACCCCGCCCCCACCUGCCAGCACCACCACCAGCACCAUCUCUUCUUCAGCUCCUCCGAAUAUAAAACCAACACUUGUUGUUUCCACCGCUUCCACCGCUCCCGUAGAGCCAAAACCUUCAGUUGCUCCAGAAUCUGCCAAAAACACCUCAGUUGCCAGACCAGCUGCUACCACCACCACCACCACCACCAAGUCUUCUACCACAGCUGUCGAAGGGGCUCCAGCAUCAGUUCCUGCCCCCAAAAUCACAACAACCCCGACUGCCGUAACAUCAAAACCAGCGAGCGCCACACCAGCAGUCACAACACCUAAAACUACUGCGGUGAAGGAAUUGCCGAAAUCCCCUUCUCUGGCACCUGCAGCAUCUACCCCAGCUACCUUAACUUCCACCCCAGCUACUGCAACAUCUACCCCAGCUACUGCAACAUCUACCCCAGCUACAGUAGCAUCUACCCCAGCUACCGCAACAUCUACCCCAGCAGUCACAACACCCAAAACUACUGCGGUGAAGGAAUUGCCGAAAUCCUCUUCUCUGGAACCUGCAGCAUCUACCCCAGCUACCGUAACCUCCGCCCCAGCUACUGCAAAAUCUACCCCAGCUACCGUAGCAUCUACCCCAGCUACCGUAACCUCCGCCCCAUCUACUGCAACAUCUACACCAGCGGUCACAACACCUAAAACUACUGUGGUGAAGGAAUUGGCGAAAUCCCCCUCUGUGGCACCUGCAGCAUCUACCCCAGCUACAGUAACAUCUACCCCAGCUACCGUAACAUCUACCCCAACUACCGUAACUUCCACCCCAGCUACCAAAACCUCCGCCCCAGCUACUGCAGCAUCUACCCCAGCUACCGUAACAUCUACCCCGGCUACCGUAACUACGGUAACCUCUGCCCCAGCUGCCUCCUCAACGUCGUCCCCCACUACAGCAACAACUACCCCAACUCCAGUAAAAACAGUUCAAGCAGGUCCUCCAAAAUCUGCAACAACAACAACAACAACCACCACCAUGAUAACACCAGUCAAACCAGUCCAAGCAAGCACGUUAAACCCUAAAACCACCACAACCCCGACGGUGUCCGAAAAUGCUGCUACACCUCCACCGGUGCCGACGGUCGCAGCCCCAGUAAGGACUAACGUAACGGCGACCAAAGUCCAGAACAAACCGUUGUCCUCAUCUACAACUACAACUACAGCUCAAGUGGCCACACAGGCACAAGUAUCACCUCCCCCAGUCUCUACCCCCUCCCCUUACCCUUCCCCAGCAGCAGCAGCAGCUCCAGCUCCCAGUUUAACCGCCACAGCACCAGCAAAGACCAGUGCAGGACCUACGUCACUCCCAACAGAAGGAGUUAAAGUAACGCCUCUAGCAGCAGCAGCAGCAGCCGCAGCAGCACCGUCUAAAACACUCACUUCUACCACAGCUGUAGAAAAGACUGUCAAGAUCCCACCUCCACCACCUCCUCCAUCCCUCCCAGUAACAACUACCACAGCUGCUACACCAGCUCCGUUAAAACCAGUCACACCAGUAGAAGAGACCACAAAUGUUCCCACAGCCACACAAGCCAGUACAGCUGUCUCUAUGACGACGACGACGACGGCAACGAUGACUAAAACAGUUCCUCUUGUGACGUCCACCACCACCAAAUCCUCUCCAGUUACUUCCCAACAAGAACAAAAGUCCGAGUCAACAGAUGUUCCUCGAGAGGUUCUCCAGCUGCAGGUUCCAACAUCUGCUUCUUCUUCUACUGUUUCAUCAGAUAAAGGAUCUAUAGAAGCAACGCAGGAGGUGUCGGCAUCUCAAAACGAGCCGGAAAUGGAAGUAGAUGAAGCGAAGACUAGCAAAGAGGAAGAGCAGGAGGAAGAGGUGGAUGAGGAAAAACAGGAAGAAAGAAAGAAGUCUCAGCCCAAAAGGAGACGAGUGGAGAGUCCGCCUGAGACGAAAGACUGUGAGAAAGGAAAGGAGGCAUUAGAGGGAGACGCAAAAACAGCAAGCGCCCCUCCGAAAAAAGAAAAAGAAGAAGAAGAAAAAGAAUCUAAGCAACGAGCGACGGAGCAAACUACCGAAGAUCAGAAACCUCCCGUUCAGAAAAGAUCUCUGAGUCGGCAGAGCAGCCAGGACUCCGCUCGCUCCUCUUCUCCGUCUUCGGGGUCGUCGGGAACGUCGACGCUCACUCGUCACGCUCACCACAAGAGGACGUACGAGAACAGACAUCCCGCCAAGAGGAGGCGAACGGACGAAGGGAAGGAGGAGGGCAAAGAGGAGGGAGAGGAGACGAAAGAAGGAGAAGGAGACGAUAGAGGAAGCAGGGAGAAGGAGAUUUCUUCCGCCACCUCUCGGAGAAGACGCUCCAGGUCGUCGUCUUCCUCGUCCGACUCCGAUCACAGCGGGAGCAGGAAGGAGCACCGGUUGACUCGCUCGGCCAAACGUAGACUACAAGAUCAAGAGAAGGAGAAAGGGAACAGCAGGCAAGGGAAGAAAUCCACACACGCGUCGAACAAUGCCAACGCCUCCACAGGCGGAGAAUCCGGCAGCGAUUCCUCCUCCGUCAGGACGACCCGGAAAUCUGCCGGAUCUCAACCUCCGCAAGACGUCAAAACUCAGAUUAACAGCUCGCCCUCGUUGCCUCCUGAGCCCGAAGUUCUGGGGAAAAGGUGCUCGGCGCUCAACGCGGCCGCCAAACUCCUGGCGAUGAAAGGCAGAGUGGACACGCCCGGUCACACCAUGCGGAGAGACUCUGGAGCGAAAGCCACCGCGACUCCUCCUCCUGCUUCCUCCUCUUCCUCUUCUGCUUCCUCUUCGGAUAAAAACCAAAAGCCUAAAAGUAAAAGUGUUCCAGCGUCUCCUCAGAAUAACUCUGUAAAUGUCACAAAUAAUAAAACUAGCGGAAGCAAACCGUCAACGCCGAAUCAGUCGAGCCGCUCCGCUUCCCGCUCCACCCGGCAGUGCCCCGGAUCGCUCGUUCCCCCUUUGGGAAUCGGGCACAAGAGGAAUAAACCGGAGGAGAAGGAGAAGGAGAAAGGUGGAGGGAGGAAGUCCUCGAGAGGAAAGGAAGGAGACGGAGAGGCGCAGUCUUCGUCGAGAGGUCACAGCGCCUGCAGCAGCAUGAGCAGCGACGGCGAGGGCGGCGGCGAGCGAAGCAGCCGGAGUCGAAGCAGCAGCAACAGCAGCCAGCGGACUCACAGCAUCAGCUCCCAAAACACGGAGCACAGGGAGUCCCGCUCCCGCGCCACCUCCUCCGGCAGCGAGCGCGACCGCAGCUCGGAGCGCCGGAAGAGCCGAGGCGACAAAAGGGAGAAGCAGGAGGAGGGCCAGCGGAGGGACAACAGCGGCAGCCGGAGGAGAUCUCACAGGCUCUCGCAGCAGGAGGCGCCGACCAGCAGUUCGGGGACGGAGGGAACGCCGGAUCGGGUGCUGCGGAGCGUCGCGGCGUUGGCGGCGGCUCAGGCGAGAUCGCCGGCGGCCAACACCCGCUCCUCGUCCGGUCAACACCGUCACAAUAAGACAUGAUCGGAGUGCCAAAGGGAAGAGAGAGGAUUUUUAAAAAAAAACAAAACCACACACGAGAGCGAGAGUGUUGUCGCCAGAGCACAGUUUAAAAAAAAACAAAAAAAGAGCACGUCACAACCUCCGAGAAAAAGGUUGCUGCUUUGUCGGCACUCGGAAAACGAACGCUAAAGGGGGAACUGAGUGCUGCACAAGCCAGAGACCCUCCUCCCUGCCUCUUGGGGCCCCCUCUCCCUUUUUAUCCCCCCCCAAAAAUUUGGAGCUGCUUGCUGGGUCCCCUUCAACCAGCUCAGCCAUUUGUCAGCUGGAGGGAGGGGGAGGGGGGGGGGGGGGAAGGCUCAGGGAUGCCGGACAUGAGAGUUUAAAAAAGAAAAAAGAGAGAAAAGAUAAAAUAAAAAGUCCGUAAACAAGACAGAAAGAUGGUACAGUGGAGUAAAGUUCACCGCUGAGACUUUAGAGGAGGAGGAGGAGGAGGAGGAGGAGGGGGGGGGAGAGAAAAGAGAGGUAAUAAAAAGCAAGUUGUUAGUUCACAUUAUGUACUGUAAUCAUUUAAAGACUGGAUUAAGAUGGGAUUAUACAGCGCCCUCUGUGUAAGGGUUAUAAAUGAAACGUCAUUUGUGUGACAGUAACUUUUUUGAGUGACCAGCUGUAUUGUAAAAGUUGGAGGUUUUAGAAAAGUUUUGGAUUUUUUUUUUGAGGAGGAGGAAAAAAAAAAAAAGUUUUCGUCAGCUGUCCCUGACUAUUUGUUUCUUUGUAGUCAGUUGAUAAGUUAUGCAUAUUUUAUGAUUUCUUCUUCUUCCAGGGUUUUUUUUUUUUUUUUUUUUUUUUUAGGAAGAGAACGGAUCUGUCUAUGUGACCUUCGCUGCACUAUGCUGGAGCUUGUCUUUUUUUUUUUUUUUUUUUCACGUCUUUUUUUUUUUUUGUUCAUUUUGGAUUUAUUAUUUUUUUUAUAUAUAUAAUAUAAAUCCAGCCUUGUAUUUUUUUCUCAUUUGCACAUCUGAUUAUAAAAAAAAAAAACCUUAAAAAAACGUGGCCCUCCGCUUUUUUUGGAGUACAUUGUGGUGUAAGUAAUAAUACGUUUUUACAUCAAACUUAAGUGGAUUUAAUUGGUUCCCCCCGUUUUUACCUCACAAUGUAUCUCAGCAGUUCGGAAAUGUGUUGUUUUUUUUUUUUAAGUAGUAAAUCAUCUUUUUCUCGUUCACUGACACCACAAAAAUCUCCCCCCCUUAAAAUAAAAAAGGCAAAAAAACUUAAAACACCCACUUUGUCAUGUAUUUCUAUAUUGAAAGGGGCAAGUUAAAAAGUUAUGAAGUUGAGUGCCUGUUUUUGGCCAGAUGGGUUUGUACCUUAGAUUGCCUUGUUGUUGACGCACCUGAAGCAGGAGGGAAGGUGUGAUGAGAAAAUUAAAAAAAAAAAAAAAAAGAAAAGAAAAGAAAAUCUCCCGAAAGCAUCAACUCUGUGCGUUAGUGCAACCAAAUUAAUUAAAUGUUUUUAUUUUACACCUGAUUUAUUUUUUAUUUUUUUUUUUUUUUUUGUCACCAUCACUUCAUCAUUGCUCUUUGUUCCUGUAUAAAAAAAAAAAAAAUAAAUACUUGGACAAAAAUAUGUGAAUAAAAUUACUGGUACAGUUCCACAUGACUGUAAAUUGUCGGUUUUUAUUAUAAUUUUUUUUUUUUUUUGGGG